CCCAGAGCUUCUCCCUCCCGUUCCGGCGCCCGGAGACGUGCGGCCACGGCCAGUACUUCGACAUCUCGUCGCUGGCCUGCGCCCCGUGCGGAGCCCACCAGGAGCGGGACGCGCACGGAACUUCGUGUGUGUGUCUGCAAGGAUUUCAUAUGAUUGCUAAUACUGGAGGACCUGGUAUUACUUGCAAAAAAUGCCCAGAAAACAUGAAAGGUGUCACCAAAGACGGAUGGAACUGCAUCACUUGCCCUGGUGAUUUAACUGCAGAAGGAAAAUGCCAGUGUCCCAUUGGCCACAUUCUAGUGGAAAGAAAUGUUGAUGGAACAUUGUUGUCUCAAGCAAAGUGUCAACUCUGUAAUGACAGCGAAGAUUCUUUCACUGUGGCAGAUGCCUUAGGAAACAGGUGUGUCCGAUGUGAACCGACAUUUAUUAAUGCCAGCGGGACCUGUGCAUGUCCAGAGCCUAACAUUUUAACAGGAGGAUUGUGUAUUUCCAGCACAGGGAAUUUUCCUCUGCGUAGAAUUUCAGCUGUUCGUUAUGGGGAGCUUGGCGUGUCUUUCAUAUCAGAUUGGUUUGUUAAACAUCUGCAGGCAUCAGCAGCUGCUUGUUGGUUACACGCCAAUCUAACGUCUUGCCAAGCUCUGGGAAAUAUGUGUGUGAUGAACAUGAAUUCCUAUUACGACGCUGCCGUUUUUGAUGCCUGUCGACUGUUUCAGGCCGUCUUUGAAAACGCAGCUGGGCUGCGUACUGUUCAUUCCAUUUCCUUUUGGAGACAGAAUCUUCCGUGGCUGUACUAUGGAGACCAGCUCGGAAUAGCUUCUCAAGUCCUCAGAACUACUCCUCUUCCUACAAAUUUCACUUUUAAAGGGGACAACCAGAAUAUGAAACUGAAGUUUGUAGCUGCUUCCUACGAUGUGAGAGGAAAUUUUCUCCAGUGGCAGACCUUAGAAGGAGGUGUCUUACAGCUUUGUCCCGACACAGAGAUAAGACUAAAUGCGGCUUAUUCUUUUGGAACAACCUAUCAACAAAGUUGUGAUGUCCCAAUCUCUAAGAUCUUAGCUGACUUUCCCACGCCAAUAUUUUAUGAUGUGUACUUUGAAUAUACCGAUGAAAAUGAUCACCAGUUCAUCUGGGCUGUGCCUGUGUUAAACCUAAAUCUUCAGCAUCAUAAAACAUUUGUGAACAAAGAUAGUAACUCUGAUAAGUGGCUUCUGACUCGGCGCAUUUUCUUGGUGGAUGCACUAAGUGGACGAGAGAACGACUUAGGAAAUCAGCCGCGGGUAAUUCGAAUCGCUACCCAAAUAUCAGUCAGCAUCCAUCUUGUACCUAACACGAGAGCUGGAAACAUCUACCCUCCUUUAAUCACUAUAGCAUACAGUGACGUUGAUAUCAGAGAUUCCAAAAGCCAGUCUGUGAAGGUUUCUUUCUCAGUCAGAUACGAAAUGAACCAAGGAGAAGCAUAUGUCCAGACAGAUAUUGCCCUGGGUGUGCUGGGGGGACUGGCUGUCCUGUCGUCUCUUCUGAGGACAGCAGGGUGGAAGAGGCGCAUCGCGAGUCCCAUGAUAGAUUUGCAGACCUUCAUGAAGUUCUUGGUCUACUAUGCGGGUGACCUCGCCAAUGUCUUCUUCAUCAUCACCGUGGGGACAGCGCUCUAUUGGCUGAUUUUCUUCAAAGCUCAGAAGUCAGUCUCUGUUUUGCUACCAGUGCCAGCUCAGGAAGAACGUUUUGUUACUUAUGUGGGAUGUGCUUUUGCCCUAAAGGCUCUGCAAUUUUUGCAUAAGCUCAUAUCCCAGAUUACCAUAGAUAUAUUCUUUAUCGAUUGGGAGAGGCCUAAAGGAAAGGUUCUCAGAGCUAUUGAAGGCGAGGGUGGUGUUCGGAGUUCAACUGUUCCUGUCAGCAUAUGGAGGACAUAUUUUGUAGCAAAUGAAUGGAACGAAAUUCAGGCUGUGAGAAAAAUCAAUCCACUCUUUCAAGUAGUUUCCGUCCUCUUCUUCUUGGAGGUUGUGGGGUUCAAGAACUUGGCACUGAUGGACUCAUCCUCCAGCCUUUCCAGAAGCCCUGCCAGCUACGUUGCUCCCGACAGCCGCAUUUUGAGAUAUGCUGUGUCAACUGCCCUGUGGCUCACCAUUGGCGUUCUACAAAUCAUGUUCUUUGCUGUCUUUUACGAGAGAUUUAUAGAAGAUAAAAUUCGGCAGUUUGUUGAUUUAUGCAGUAUGAGCAAUAUAUCAGUGUUUCUGUUAUCCCACAAAUGUUUUGGAUAUUAUAUUCAUGGUAGAUCAGUACAUGGGCAUGCGGAUACUAAUAUGGAAGAAAUGAAUAUGAAUCUUAAGAGAGAAGCGGAAAAUUUGUGUAGCCAAAGAGGUUUGGUACCUAACACUGACGGCCAGACUUUUCAGAUUGCAAUUUCUAGCCAGAUGAGACAACACUACGACAGAAUCCAUGAGACACUAACCAGGAAAAAUGGCCCUGCCAGACUAUUGAGUUCAUCAACAAACACUUUUGAGCAGAGUAUAAAGGCAUAUCACACCAUGAAUAAAUUUCUGGGCUCUUUCAUUGAUCAUGUUCAUAAGGAAAUGGACUACUUUAUAAAAGAUAAGUUGCUUCUCGAAAGAAUUCUCGGAAUCGAAUUUAUGGAACCAAUGGAAAAAAGCAUCUUUUACAAUGAUGAAAGUUACUCAUUCAGCAGUGUUCUGUAUUAUGGAAAUGAAGGCGUUCUUCUUAUCUUUGAUCUGCUGUUCUUCUGUGUUGUGGAUUUAGCUUGCCAAAAUUUUAUUUUAGCGGCCUGCCUUACAUACCUACAACAAGAGAUUUUUAGGUUCAUCCGUAUUACAGUAGGACAGAAGAAUUUGGCAUCCAAAACAUUGGUGGAUCAAAGAUUUCUGAUCUAACAUGUUCAAUAGCUCAAAGCCGCAAUAUUGUUAUGGCAAAAAUGUCAUGACUUUCAGGACCCAAAAGAAGAGAGAGAGAAC